CUGUAUUUGUUGGUAUAUAAAUAGCCGAUUUAGACACAGCAGUUCAGUUGUUUCAACGCAGUGAAUUUGAAUAGAUCGCAAUGAGUUUAGCUGGUAAAGUUGUUAUUGUAACCGGAGCGAGUUCCGGCAUUGGUGCCACCACAGCUGAGGAAUUUGCCAAGCAGGGUUCCAAAGUGGUACUCACAGGACGAAACGAAGCUAACUUAAAAGCUACGGAAGCUGCCUGCAAAGCAGCCAACAGCAAAGUGGAACUACUACUCAUCACCGCUGAUGUAACGACAGACGCCGAAAAGAUUAUCAAAACAACAAUUGAGAAGUUCGGACAGUUGGAUGUGUUGGUGAAUAAUGCCGGUUUUGGUGAAAUGGGUGCAAUCUUGGAUAUUGAAGUCGAUCAAUUUGAUCGUGUCAUGAAUACAAAUUUGCGUUCGGUCUUCCUGCUCACUAAAUACGCCGCACCACAUCUGAUUAAGACCCAAGGUAAUAUCGUAAAUGUCUCCAGCAUCGCAGGAUUGCGUUCAUUCCCUAGUGCAUCGGUCUAUUGCACCUCCAAGGCAGCACUGGAUCAAUUCACCAGAUGUAUCGCCUUAGAUUUGGCGUCGAAAAAUGUGCGUGUGAAUGCUGUAAAUCCUGGUACGAUUGUGACAGACUUCCAAAGGCGUAUUGGCUUAUCAGAAGAAGAUUAUGCUAAACUUUUGGAGCAUUCGAAGACUACACAUGCGUUAGGUCGCGUCGGCCAACCGAAGGAAGUAGCUGAUGUCAUUAUUUUCCUUGCUAGUGACAGUUCAAGCUUCAUAACGGGCGCAACUCUGCCGAUCGAUGGUGGCAAACACGCAAUGUGCCCGCGCUAAUAUUUUUUACAAAUAUAAUUUAGUAUAUUUACAUACUCAUAACAUUCAUAUAGGAAACUAGUGGAUCCGGCCACGCGUUGCUGUGGUGUACAUUUUAUACUAUUAUUCAUAUAAUAAACUAUGCAAUACAGUGAAAAUUUUAUUUACGAAUAAAAGCGAAAACUUUUUUGUCGGUAUAAGAAUCCAAGCUAUUGUACUUGAGGUCUAAUUUUGAAUAUGGUCAUGCAAAUAAAUAUCAAUGGAAAAAAUAACGAA